CAUAAACCCGCGCUUUGUUUGGAACGUCAGCUAGUUGGCGGGAUCCAGGCAUCGGGAAGAGACAGACAGCACUCGGUUACAGUUAAUUGCAAUGCAAUUUUCAGGCAACAGAAGAAAGAAGCCGAUUGGUGCUUCUCAGAAUGAUCUCUACGAUCACUGUCUUCAGUUUUAUGGACAACCUCCUCUGGAAAACAUCUCUCUUACUGAGUUUGAAACCUUUGCAGUGGAAAGGUUGAAAUUACUCAAGACUGUGGAAAAUCUUGGUGUGAGCUAUGUAAAAAAUACAGAACAAUACAGCAAAAAGUUAGAUGCUGAAUUUUCAAGUCUGAACUUCCCGGUCAGAGCAGAACUGGAUGACCGCAAGAUUCAAGGAGGACCAUCUGAAUAUGAAAAACGAAGGAAAGAUCACAUCUCCCAUUUUAUUCUGCGCUUGGCAUAUUGUCAGACUGAGGACCUCAGGAGAUGGUUUAUCCAACAGGAAAUGGAUCUUUUCCGUUAUCGGUUUGGCUGUCUGUCUUCAAAACACAAGACUGACUUCUUGCAUAAAAAUAAUUUGAAGUAUGAGACGGUCAGUGCUGAGGAGAAGAGAAUGCUUAAAGACAAGCUCAUCAAUUCCAGUUAUGGUUUAAGUGGAAUCACUGUGGAAGAAUAUGAUUUCUACAAAGUUCCCUUUCAGGAUGCCCUGGAUUUAGUGCGGUCAAGGAAAGUGUACCUGCUGGCUGGCAAUGCCUACAUUCCUCACCAGGAGAUUAUUGCGAUUGUCCUUAAUGACUUCCGCACAAGACUGUCUAAAGCACUUGCCAUGACAGCCCGAUCUCUGCCAGCGGUACAGUCUGAUGAACGACUCCAGCCUCUCCUGACCCACCUCAGUCAUGCCUAUGUGGGCCAGGACUACAGCAUUCAGAAGAACAUCGGGAAAAUUUCUCUGGAACAGAUUGAUGCUCUCGCAGCCAAGUCUUUUCCUCUGUGCAUGAGGCACCUCCACAAGUCCCUGAGAGAGAACCAUCACCUCCGGCACGGCGGACGCAUGCAGUACGGCCUCUUCCUCAAGGGCAUUGGUCUUACUCUGGAACAGGCCCUACAGUUCUGGAGGUCAGAGUUCAUCAGAGGAAAAGUCGAUGCAGACAAGUUUGACAAAGCAUAUGCCUACAGCAUCCGCCACAUGUUCGGAAAGGAAGGCAAGCGCACUGACUACACCCCCUACAGUUGCAUGAAGGUGAUUUUGUCAAAUCCACCCAGCCAAGGCGACUUCCACGGGUGUCCAUUUCGCCACAGCGACCCUGAGCUACUGAAACAGAAGUUACAGUCUUAUAAAGUCCCCCCGAGUGGCAUCAGUCAGAUUCUGGAGCUAGUCAAGGGGAUGCAUUAUCAGCUGGCCUGCCAAAAAUACUUCGAGCUGACACACAGUGUCGAGGAUGCUGGGUUUUCACUCAAUCACCCCAACCAGUACUUCACAGAGAGUCAGAAGUUUCUCGGUGGAGGACGGGACAUCAAGAAAGAAGUUGAGACGUCCCAACGAGGGCAAGAAAAUGUGUCAAGUAAUGCACCCAACAUUUCCCGCCCACCUCCAGCAAACUCUAAACAGACCCAUGAGGAGAUGGGGGAUUUGGACUCUUUCUUCCAGGAUGAAUAAAUUUGUACAACCAUAUAGAGGUCUUGCUAGCAUUUACUUUUGAUACAAACUACGUUUAGUAUUGAAAUGUUUGUUGACCUGUUUUUUAUAAAAAAGUGAAUAAAAUAAUUGCUUAUUAAUAAAUACGUUUUUUUUUCUUCAAAACCUUUGGAUUUUAGUCAUAAACAACAAUGAAAUUCAUGUCUAGUAAUCAUGGUAGUAAUAAUCUGAGAAUUUGCAUUUACCGUGCAUUAUAGGUUGUCAGAUGCUUUCAUCCAAAGCUUACCAUGCAUUCAGGUAUACAUUUUAUAACACUGCGUGUUCCCUGAAAGUUAAAUCUAUACUCACAGACUGGAUUAAAGGUGCAAAAUUUUUGUCACUGAGAUGGUACAUUUUUGAAAAGUCCUUAUAUGUACCAUUUAGGUACAGGUACUGUAUGUACCUUUGAGGUACCAGUAUGUACCUUAUGGCCCUUUUCCAUUGCAUAGUACCCCAUGGGUCAGGCUGGUUAGCUCAUCUUACUUUGGCUUGAUUAGAUUUUCCAUUGAGUUUAGUCCCACUUCAGAGGGGGAGGGAUUAUAGGUGUGUCAUACAAAAAGUGGGAGCGAGCAUCGUUGCAAUGCAGUGUUUCCCAUAAAUUCUGCCACAAAAUAAAAAUUGACCACCACAAAUAAAUGUUUGCACAUCGCGUUUAUCACUACCUCUGUCUCAUAUAAUUAUUUCUGUACAAACACCGUGGCGUCAGUCGACGCGCUCCGCUAAGUUGCAAAAAUGUGUGUUAUGCGGACGUGGGGCAACAAACCGCAAGGAAAACACUGUUAUGGUGUUCCUGAUUUUCAGCCUGUGGAUGUUUUGCACCGCUAAAAGGGAGUUUGGGAACUUAAAGGUAUUGCGGAG